CAUUAAUUCUCAUCAGGCUAACAUCUCUAAGGCAUUCAGUGCCAACAAAAAAUUACUGGAAAAAAACAUUAACAAAAAAAAAAGAAAACUCACAGAAAUGGAUUGGAGGAGGUGCCUUUGGAGACGAAAUCAAGAUUUAUUGCUUUUUGGAUUUUUAAUUUUAGUACUGUCUGCAUCCACAGCAGUCUCCACUGCUGCUACUACCAUUUCAACCAGCUCAUCCACAGCUUCUUCUGUCUCUAAUUUACAAUUGAUACAUGUUACCAUUAAUUUCACCCUGACGAAUGUGCAAUAUGUAGCCAACCUUAACGAUAAAAACAACGUGGCAUUGAAUAUCACGUCUCAGGUGGAAAAAGUCCUUCAAAACAGCUCUUUGGCUCCAGUCUUUACAAGCUGCCAUUCUGUAUCCUAUAGCCCAGGUCCCAACAACAGUACGAAAGCUGUCCUCAGCUGCUUAUUCAAGAAUGACUCAUCUCCACAUUUCGAUAGAUAUAUCAUCUAUCAGCUGCUUGAUAGCAAAACUCAAAAUACAACAAAGUUGGGACCAUAUACAAUGGAGCCAAAAAGUCUUUAUGUGAACAAUUAUGGGGGACAGUCAUCUACAAGUAAGUUCAAUAUGACUGUAAAAAAAGUGUAAUUUCAUCAAACAAGAAUUGCAUACACUAGAAAGUAAAAGUUAAUUGUAACAGUAUUUUCAGAACAUUAAGUGGUAACUGAGGCAGAGGACUAUACACUCACGAGUUUUAUGUGAAACAGGGAAAGAUAUAUCAAAGUGUGAAGAACCAGCUUAUAGUGCACGGAUGGCUCAAUACACUUCUUUAAAGUACUCCUACCUCUGAAACAUAUUCUAUGCUAUUUAGUGGUUGUAUAUUAGUGUAUUCACCCUGCGAUGCACUGUUGCCAUCUGCAGGGAUUGUUCCUGUGCUGUAUGAGUACUGGGAUAGGCUCUAGCUUCCUUGUGGUCCUGCUCAGGAUAAGUGGGUGUGGAAAAUUGAUGGGUGGGUGGAUGGUACUCCUAUUGGAAUUUGGCUUCCUAUGUCUUAAGGCUUACAUAAAAAACUAGAAUCCAUACCUCAGCCAAACCAUGGAAGUAUCCA